CCGACCAAUCAGAGGCCGGCGAGGGGGACGGGCCCAGCGGUUCCCUAGGUUACCUGGGGUGAUUGACGUGCAGCCUCCUGCAGGGGAGAGAGAGCGGUGGUGCUGAUCACUGAUGCUCCAGCUUCACCCGGCGAGGAGACUGUGGAGAAACCUGGAUAACGAGAGGAGAGGAGACACCGGAGCAAGAGGGAUGCUGGUGAUUUAGAAGUCCUUCGCUCUCCUCCUCCUCCUCCUCCUCCUCAUCCUCCUCCUCCUCCUGAAGAUGAAAACUGGAGCGCUGGAGGAAGCCGGCUGAAGGGAGAGAGAGAGAGAGAGAGAGGAAAGGAAGGAUUCCUGAAGAAGAAGAAGAAGAAGAGAGGGGAUUUGCUGGAACUCUACAUGACCACAAAAUAAAACGGUUCCAACAAGACGACUGCUGCUGACGGCUUGACCAACAACAAACCGGGCAGGAACAUGUUCAACAGAGCGCGGUGUUACCCAUAAGGCCUUGCAAAGGCCCAAGUGGGCGGGGGGUUCCAAGGAGAGAUGAACCUGACCAACCACAGGCCGUGCCCCGGGGAUAUAAGCUCCACCAAUCACUGAUCUCCAGGGCGACUGACCGCAGGACCACCGCCUCCUACACGGGCAUCUGAAUCCUCAUUGGCCCACAGCACAGUGCAGUGUCUGGAAAUGACCACGAAGCGGAAGCUGAUUGGCCGGCUGGUGCCGUGCCGUUGUUUCCGGGGCGAGGAGGAAGUGAUCUCGGUGCUGGACUACUCUCACUGCAGCCUGCAGCAGGUCCCCAAAGAAAUCUUCAGCUUCGAGAGAACUCUGGAGGAGCUCUACCUCGACGCCAACCAGAUCGAGGAACUACCCAAGCAACUCUUUAACUGCCAGGCCUUGAAGAAGCUGAGCAUGCCCGACAACGACCUGUCCAACCUGCCCACCACCAUCGCCAGCCUGGUCAACCUCAAGGAGCUGGACAUCAGUAAAAAUGGUAUCCAGGAGUUUCCAGACAAUAUCAAAUGCUGUAAAGGUCUUUCUGUGGUGGAGGCCAGUGUCAACCCAAUCACCAAACUCCCCGAUGGUUUCACGCAGCUCCUGAAUCUGACCCAGCUCUUCUUAAACGAUGCCUUCCUGGAGUAUCUGCCGGCGAACUUUGGCAGACUCUCCAAACUACGGAUCCUGGAGCUGAGGGAGAACCACCUGAAAACCAUGCCAAAGUCUAUCCACAGACUGACACAGUUGGAAAGGUUGGAUCUGGGUAGCAACGAAUUCUCUGAAGUGCCAGAGGUGUUGGAGCAAAUCCACAACUUAAGGGAGCUGUGGAUGGACAACAACUCUCUACAGUCUAUACCAGGGUCAUUAGGGAAGCUCCGGCAGUUGCGAUACCUGGACUUAGCUAAGAAUCGAAUUGAGACGUUGGACACGGACGUUGCAGGCUGCGAGUGCUUAGAGGACCUGCUGCUGUCCUCCAACAUGCUGCAGCAACUCCCUGACUCUAUAGGAAUGUUGAAGAAGCUGACAACACUGAAGGUGGAUGACAACCAGCUGAACUCACUGCCUAACACCAUCGGGAGUCUGUCUCUGUUGGAGGAGUUGGACUGUAGUUGUAAUGAGCUGGAGUCGCUGCCUCCCACCAUCGGGUACCUGCACAACCUGAGGACCUUCGCCGCAGAUGAGAACUUCCUCUCAGAGCUUCCCCGGGAGAUCGGUAACUGUAAGAACGUGACGGUGAUGUCGCUGCGGUCCAACAAGCUGGAGUUCCUACCCGACGAGAUCGGACAGAUGAACAAACUACGAGUUCUUAACCUGAGUGACAACAGGUUAAAGAAUCUACCGUUUACCUUCACAAAGCUGAAGGACCUGGCAGCUCUGUGGCUUUCUGACAAUCAGUCCAAGGCUCUGAUCCCUCUGCAGACAGAAGCCCACCCAGAAACCAAACAGAAGGUUUUGACCAACUACAUGUUCCCUCAACAACCACGACAUGAUGAGGAUUACCAGUCAGACACUGACAGCUUCAAUCCCACCCUGUGGGAGGAGCAGAGGCAGCAGAGGAUGACCGUGGCUUUCGACUUCGAGGACAAGAAGGAAGAGGAGGACAACUCUGGGAAGGUCAAGGUGGAGAUCAACCUGAAGCGCUACCCAACACCUUACCCUGAGGACCUGAAGAACAUGGUCAAGUCAGUGCAAAGCCUUGUGGGAAAAAACGUACACGCAGGACACGGGCACCAGCACCAGCACCAGCAUCAGCACCAGCACCAGCACCCGCACCAGCACCCGCACCAGCACCAGCUGAGCACAGGCACUGCCACCUCGGCAGGAACCAACAUGGAACACACGCACCUCAGCAAAGAACCGUACGAGCCUCCGUGGCCGCUACCACCUAAAGAGGUGACGGACAGAGAGAUGCAGGACUUCUCUCAGGCUCAGCUCAUGGAUCAGGGAUCAAUGCAUAACUCCGGCAUCGACAUUCCCAAGAGGAAAGACAAAGAGGAUCUGACAGAGAGCUCAGAGGACUCGAUGGGCGGCUCCCCCAACGACAUCCGCAUCUCUGACAUGAGGCCCACGCUGGUGGAGCCGCCCAUGUACAAACCAAAGGUGGUGCUGCUGGGCAAAGACAAGAAAGAAUCUACCGAUGAGGAGAUGGAUAAGCUCCACUGUCUGAACCACAGCGGCUCCUCGGCCACCUACUCCGACUACUCCCCCUCACAGGGCUCCUCGGGCUCCUCCAACCCUCCGGCCAACGCACAUUCGCACCAACACUCUCACGCACACGCACACCCUCAUCCGCAUUCGCACCCACAUCCGCACCCCCACCCACACCCGCAUCCACACCCACACCCACACAAUCAAGCUCACCCUCCAGUCUUGCCGGCCCCAAACAAGGACCAGGCCCCCCAGACACACUGGACCAACAGACUGGCUCAAUCGUUCCCCAAGCCCAUUGAUUCCAAGCCCCUGCUAUCUCAGAGAGAAACCCCUCCAUCGGGAACCCUGCAGCAGCGUGGGGAUCGACGCCCGCUCAGCGAGCCGUUCGACUGGGCUGAGGCUCCUCACUACGACAACACGGGUUUCGAUGCCGAGGAGUCUCCUCUGGACCCUUCGUCCGGUACAAGUCAGGGAAACCCUUCGCUGGGCUCCAAGCCCCGCAGCCAGUCCACACAUGGGCGCCGCCCGCUCCUCAGGCAAGAGAGAAUUGUAGGAGUUCCUCUGGAGCUUGACACCCAGACGCUGCCCUACCACAGCAACCAACGUCCCCCCCAAGACAAUGACCCACAAUCUGCACAUUCCCAGAAUCCUUGGCAGAAUUGGACCCGAACUCCGAGCCCGUUGGAGGACAGGACCGCCUUUCCAUCCAAACUGGACCUGACGCCCUCCUCCAGCCCUAACCCCGACCGUAAGGAUAGGCUGGACCAAGGAGGAGGGGGUAUGCCUGGCAGCUGGACGUACCACGACAAUCAGGGCGAGCAGAACAGGAAGGAUCAGCUCAGCGUCAGCGGGGGCAACAAGGUGACGGUGGUGAUGAGCAAAAGCUCAGACCGCCUGUCCCCCAUGAUGAAAGAGACGAGGUCCAAGUUCAAGAAGUCCCAAAGCAUUGAUGAGAUUGAUAUUGGCUCCUAUAAGGUCUACAGUAUUCCCAUGGACAGCUACAGUUCCUCCAUCGAGCAGCAGACCAGUUUGGACCGUUCGGAUCUACCCGGGUCGAUGGAGCAGACCAACAUGGCCCGAUCACAAUCGGCCCCCAUGUUAGAUGAUGAGCUGGGCUUCUCCGGACAAAACCAAAAACCUGCCAUCCCACAUAAAGCCUACCACUUUGACCAGAACUACAAUCCCCAGGUGACCAUGGACCGUCGGGUCCCUCCUCCCUUCCCCAACACACCGGAUUACUCCAACCACGCAUCCAAGGCCUUGGAAUACCUAAACCAGCCAGGGAAGACGUUACCGAAGGAGCUGGUGAGCCCUCGGUAUCGUGCUUAUCCGCCGCUGGAGAUGUUUUCUUUCCCCCAGUCGCCAAUCAGCCAGGACGGACCGCCCAGCCAGCAGCAGCAGCCAAUCCCAACGCAGCGCUCCAGGCCAGGGUUUCUGAGGAGAGCGGAUUCGCUGGUGAGCUCCACAGAGCUUGCCUUGUUCCGCAGAGUCCAUGAAGCCCAGCAGGAGGCGCUGCAGGAGGCUCAGUACAGACAGCAGGCCGACCCCCCUCUUUACAGUCGGGCUCUUGCCUACUCCAGCCCCAUGGAGCACUCGGCUCUCACCAACAUGGUCGACAGCCAGGGCCAGAUGAUGCACAACAAGAGAAACGGUCGUUAUGAUGACGACUAUCCCACCUACCAGGAGCAGAAGAAGCCCAUGAUCGGCUACCCGACCAAGAGCCUGACUCAGCGACGCCCCCUGUCUGCCAGGAGCUAUAGCACAGAGACCUAUGGAGCAUCUCAGGCCCGUCCAGUGUCAGCUCGUCCCACCAUGGCCGCCCUGCUGGAGAAGAUGCCCCCUGACUACACCCUGGCAACCUGCCCCGAGAAAGCACUAGAUGACACCAUCAAAAUUAGACCUGGGGUGCAACUGAAACCCGAAGACAUCACCUCCAAGAUGCCUGCAGACUGGAGGCAGCAGCUACUCAGGCACAUAGAGGCCAAGCGAUUGGACAGGACGCCCUCUCAGCAAGCCGCCAUGCUGGAUAAUGACCAGGAGGGGGUGUCAGGGAGCAACCAGUGGGCUCCCUACUCACUCGGCAGGAGAGACGUCCCACCAGACAACCUCAUGAAAAAGAGUGCCCACUCCCACAACACGUCCCACCAAUCACACAACACCAUGAUCGUUACUUCCUCUUCCUCCUCCUCUUCCACCACGCCUCACCGCGUGGUCGGGCCGCAGGGUUACGACGGGAUGAUGAGUAAGGGAAACCAGUACCAACCAGGGAUGCCCCUGUCAGUUGUUCCCUCUGGGGGGCCUGGGCAGUACCAAGGCAACAUGUCUCAAGGCCUCCCCUCCCCUGGUCAGCCUUACUCCAGCAGCGGCCAUCCCAUGGCCCUGUCCCCGUCCGGGAACCAGCCCCAGUACAACCCCCACUCCUCCCACAGCUCCCAUCAACCCUCCUUGCCCGCCACCAACCCCCAGUACCACAGCAACCAGGGCAUGGUCCACAGCAACCAGGGGAUGGUCCACAGCAACCAGGGGAUGGUCCACAGUAACCAGGGCAUGGUCCACAGUAACCAGGGCAUGGUCCACAGUAACCAGGGCAUGGUCCACAGUAACCAGGGGAUGGUCCACAGUAACCAGGUCAUCAUGUCCACCCACACCAACCCGCGGCCUCAGAGCGCUCGCUGCCUGUUGCAGACUAAAGGGCAGAAGAGCACGGAUGGUUUCCAGGAACAGAUGUGUGUGAGAAUAGAGAAGAACCCUGGUCUCGGUUUCAGUAUCUCUGGUGGCAUCAGUGGCCAGGGGAACCCCUUCAAGCCCUCCGACAUGGGUACAGCAUGACGGGCCCGCCACCUCCGCUCUGCAGCCUGGAGACAAGAUACUGCAGCAUGACUGUGUAGCUCCUCCUCUUCUCUCUCUUUUCCCCAACAGUGAUGUGUUACUGAGAUAAUGAUGGCAGUGACCCUCCAUCCCUCCACAAACCCACUCACACAUACAGUACACAUGUGUAUGGAAAUACUGCAGCACACACACGUACACACAUGCACACACGCACACACACACACACACAUGCUUUUGACUGUGCUGCGUGUUUGCCUUGCAGGCUAACGGACAUAGUUUUUUACACAUGGAGCAUGAGACAGCCGUCUCUCUGCUGAAGAGUUUCCAGCGGACGGUGGACUUGGUGGUCCUGAGAGACAGCAGCAUGUGCUAAAAAAAGUAGUUUUAUAACAAACAAACAAAAAACAAACACAACAACGCUUCAUGUCCCUGCUCGUCGACCAUCCCACCGCCGCCACUCCUCCACUAGGGGGGGGCGUGUGGACCUGACAAAUGAGCCGCCUUUUUUACCUUUUUAAGGGAACACACAGACGUUUAUUUGCCUAUUGCUGGACCAAAGGCGAAUACUUAGUGCCAAAUGUACCGUAGGAAACAUAUCGGCUCUUCUGGCGACUGACGGUCAGGGACCUGAUCGACGGGUGGACGGACCACACCAGGACUCUAACCGUUGGAGUCCCACAGGGCUGCUGCAGUUUGGAUUUUGUGGUUGGUUUAGUUCAGUAGACAGUCACCUGAUGGAAUUGAGUAUUUUGUUUUUUGGUUUCUUCGGUUUGGAUUCUGUUUGACACUGUCUCUGCUUUUCCCCACUGAUUCUUUUACUUUGCUGUUCACGCUGGAUUUGAUUUAUUUCUGUUUCCUGUGGCACAUGAUUCACUUUCCAUGAACCUCUCUGUUCUUCUUUGUUCUUACUUUUUUUCCCCCGCUGCUACUUUCAUCUUCCUUUGUUUCAUGUUUUUGCUCCUCUGUUCUAUUUGACUCUUCUUGUGUUUCAUUCUUUGAUUCUCUGUCUCUUCAGUUUUGCUCUGCCAGUGUUUUCGCCUCCAGAAAUGUACAGAAAUGGAAAAACUUAAGACUUCAUGCCUUGUGUACAUAUGUAGAGCUGUAGCUUUCUAGAGCUGCACUCUCUUUGGGGCCUGGACAGACAGCUCUAACACUUUAUGAUUCAUUAUACUUAUUGUUAAUAAACCACACUCUGAAUUCUCUCUUACCAACAUACAGGGAUAAUUUCUCCAAAUGGACGAUUUUCUAAAGUAAACCAGUGAUUUAUUUCAGUUUAGAAAAAACAAACUUUUCCCUCGUCCAUCACUGCUACUUGUGUUCGUUUGUCGUUUCUGUUUUCAAACUGUUGCUUGCACAGCUUUGCUGAAAGGAGCUAAAGCAAUAUAUUUCUGAGGCUCGGUCCAUGGAGCUUUUCAGAAGAGCCCAACUUGUCCUGCAGUGCCAUCUAUUGAGCAAGUCAUGCUUAUGUUUACACGCACACACACACACGCCCACACACACUGCCAUGCACAUGAGCUAGCAGGCGGACACACACACAUGUGCCCCCGUGUGCGGCACAUGUUCAACUGUGUAGUGAAGCCCUGUCUAUGUUCGAGCCUGAUUUCAGGAGUGAAAUGCUAUUUUAAAACCACUCACACACAUGUGAACUCACUGUAACAUUAUUCAAGUCCGUGCCAUAUGUUGAGCUCCUGUAUAGCUGUGUGAGUUGUGUGAUGGUCACAGCAUGCUUUCCCAUCAUCGGUCUGUCAGCUUCUAGACUUUUAGAGCUUCUAGAGUUCCAGUGAGACAGGUGUUUUAAAGUUGGUGCCAUACAGAGCCUGAGUCUGAGCCUCCCCGGUUGAAUUUACACAGAGACACACUAGAGCUUCACCUCCCUGUGGCCCAGGUGUGAUCUGAAAACCAUACGAGGGGGGGAUUGUUGUUUAACAGUUUGGGCUAACGAUAAAACUACGUGCUCUGCUGAAGUGACCUCUGGAGAAAAGACUGAAGAAUCAGGGUGUGAGGUUUGUGAUAUACUUGCUGUUCAACCACACGUACACAACUGGCUGCACCGUGAACCUUAUUCUCCUUCUUGCUGAGGUACUAGCUCGUAACUGGAGGAUUCCAGUAGAGGGAACGCCACACAACUGACAUACCGAUCCUUGCAAUUUCAUCAUAAACAAAGAUGGCGACAUUUGGCCAAUGAAAACCCCAAGAUUGCUGAUUCAUAGAUGUAUGUCAGAUCCCUAAAUCAGACACGUCGGUAAAACUGCAAGUUUACGUCUCGUCUCUGUCGCUGAUGACGUGCCCAUUGACCCUGUCACCCCCCCCCCCCGACCCAUUAUGUUUGUAUUGCAUCUUGCUUAACCUACAGCCUGCGAACCAAACGGACACAGGAUACAUGGAACAGCCAUCUUUCACACGUGAAGUCAACAGCAAGUAUAUUCCGACCCUAAGACAUACGUGUGGGAUAAUCUGCAAUGAAUCAGAUUUUCCCUUUUUAGACAAUCUGGGGAACAGAUAUGAUCUCUGUCACAAAGGCUUUUGGCUACACUUGAAUUUUCUGUGCAGCUGUUUUAAACUGAGGAAUUACAAACUGACAGAUUUGCCAAUUUUGUUACUGAAUGUUCAAAAUUACCUGUGACUGGGGUCAGAUAACACUUGAAGCUUGACAUUAAGUAGAGCGGGGGGGGGGGGGAUCCAGACUCCAAUCCAGAUGUGGACACUUGAGCUGUUCGAGGAAGUUUCUGGCAAAAGUUGGAGUCGUUGAAAUGUGAUGAAAUUCAGCCUCGAUUCUCACGUGUAGUCGAGACAAGAGGGAAGUAACGACAGAUUAAGAGCAUUUUUCUGUCUUCAUGUAAACGCAGCACAUGUUCUAAUGUUUCAUCCAAAGCAAAGCAACAUCCUGACAUCCACUGACCUUUGCUUGACAUGACGGCGUCAUCAUGUGGCCAUUUUGUGUCGACCUUCCCCAUCGGUUAAUUCGACGUGAGGAGACACAAAAUGGCUCAGACGGGACGUGUGGUUGAGUUCAACCACCGGAACCCACCCCACAACUAUUUAGAGUUUGAAAUAUCAAAGAUAUUGUGAAGCGAACAGAGUAAAAAAAGGUUUGAUAAUAUAAUUAUUUUUUACUACAUGUUUCAGGUAAUUCUUUCUAAAUAUAUUGAUAUACCUUAGCUUUGCUCAAAAAUUGUGAUAUUUUAUAAUGACACUUAUAACAAAGUUAUGGAUGGAAGUACGCACAGUAUGACUCGGAGACCUACACAUGUACUAUCCAAACCUGUAUAAAAUGUAUUUCUACUGUAAUUGUGAAUUUGUGUUAUACAAAUAUAUAUUAUAUAUAUAAAUAUAUAAAUAUAUGUAAAUGACUAUUAAAAACAGUCAUUCUUUUCUAUGUGUUUAAACUACAUAAGAGCUGGACAAAUGCUGAGGACGGUGUCACUGUACAUAGCUGUGAAUGAAAUUUUAAAUGACUCAUAUUGAUUGUGAAUGUACUCAUGCUUUCUGCAGUACCUACACCUACCCAACUUGAAUGCUGCUUCUUCUGUUGUGUGACAUAAAAAAAGUACUUUGACCUCCGAGGAGAGAGAGGAGCUGUGGAGCUGUAAGUCGGAAAACAAACCUUAGUGGCGAUUUUAAACAGAACUAUUUAUUUCUUUGUUUAUUUGCACAUGCAAGUUGAAAUCCUUCCAGUUUUAAGUUUGAGUAUUAAUGCGGAGAAAUGUAAUUGCUGAAGUAUAUAUAAUAUAUAUCAUGUGUUUAGAAUGCAUUUUGCAGACGCUAUCUGUACAUACUAUUUAAGAUACAGUUUUUACAAAAAAUAAUAUAUGUAUAAAAUUGAAAAAAUGCUGUGCAGCGAUUACACCGGAGCCAUUUUGGGCUUUGGGACGUACCAUUUUUUCAGUAUAUAAGAAGUGUUUUGAAUAAUGUACUAAAGUCUCUAUUGUACAAAUAAUAAAAAUGUCACUAUUGGUA